AUGUUAAGCUACGGACAUGUGGUGCCAAAAACAGAUGCCGGAAGAGUGGCCACAAUUAUCUAUGCAUUCAUUGGUAUUCCUCUACUUCUGAUGGUUUUGACUGAUUUGGGAAAACUAUUCACACGAGGAAUCAAAUUUGUGUUCAAAUAUUGUCGUGUGAUUUACUAUACGAAACACAUCAGGAAAGUGAGAUCUGUUGGCAGAAAAGCCACUCAGAAAUUGCCGACUCAG